CCAGGAGUCGACGUGUGCAGAAGUCCUUAUAGUCCAGGGCCUGUUUCCCUGUAGCUGCUACGUAUUGCUGGAGAAGGAGAAAAGUGCCCCGGAUCCUUUCAGGACUCUUGGUCUUUGGACGCGACACAGAUCGAGUGAGGGAAGAGGCAGGAAAAUCCCCUGGAUCCCUGCAGAAUUAAUUUAUUCAAAAGAAAUAACAGAAAAAUACUCAACAUGCAAAAGUCUUGUGAAGAAAAUGAAGGAAAACCACAGAACAUGCCAAAGGCAGAGGCAGGCCGCCCUUCAGAAGCUGUACCACAGGAGGCAGAAGGAAAUCCUCAACCUUCCGAAGAAGGUGUAAGCCAGGAAGCAGAAGGAAAUCUUAGAGGAGGGCUGACCCAACCUGGCCAGGGGUUUAAAGAGGACACUCCUGUGAGGCAUUUGGACCCUGAAGAAAUGAUAAGAGGAGUAGAUGAGUUGGAAAGGCUUAGGGAAGAGAUAAGAAGAGUAAGAAACAAGUUUGUGAUGAUGCAUUGGAAGCAAAGACAUUCACGCAGCCGCCCUUAUCCUGUGUGCUUUAGGCCUUGAAUUUUUUUGUCUGAUAUUAAAUCUGGCCCCUGCUUUCUUUCUGUUAGCGUUUUCUGAUGUAUCUUUGACUUUCGUUUUAUUUUAAUCAUCUGGUGGAAUUUUUUUUAGGUAGUUCCCUUGUUACCAGCAUCUCACUGGAUUUUGUAUUUUGACCCAUUCUCCAGGUCUGUUUUUCAAUUGGAAAGUUUCACACAUAUGCAUGAAAAUAUAUUCAUUCUAUAUUGUAAAGUAAAACAUAACCGGUUACAAAGCAGUAUAUUUAGUAUCAGCUCACAUAUGUAGGAUUAAAUCCCAAAUUGUGUGUGUGCGUGCGUGUGUAUACAUACAUACAUAUAUCAAAAACUUAACUGCUUAUUUCUGUGUAGCGUGAGCUUUUUUCUUUUUGCUUAUAUGUAUUUUUUCAUGAACACAUGUCACACACACAAAAAGAAUAAAAGUUUUAUAAGUAAGAGUCAAAUAAUUUGCAACCAGCUUAUAAGGGCAAUGGGGGCACCUAAAUUCUUGAUGGAAUAACUAAAAGAAAUAUGUAAACCUCAAACUACUUCUGGAUCUCUUAGCCAGAGGAAUAAAACUGGCAAUUAUUGCAGAUA